AUGGGCUGCUGUGAAAGCAGAGCAGUAACUUCUAAUUAGAACUCAGACUUCCCUCCAAGGUUAACUCCUUUACAAUCAAUUGUACAAGAAAACUCUAUUGAUGAUCCACCUCUCAAGGAGCAAUCAUUUUUGACAUUUCGGGUCACCCAACUUUACAAGAAAAGAAAAUGACGAGACUUAAUCAAAAUGAUAUACAGUAAAGAGCCCACAGACAUUGACGCAGUUAAACUAAAACACAAUCAAACAGUUCCUUCUACAAUCGGUGGCCUUUCAAUUGCAUAUCUUGCAGAAGCAUCAAAGUUUGAAUGCAAUAAAAUCCACUUUUAUAUCCGAGGCAUUCUAGAAAUUUUAAUACAAAAUUUAAAACUUGGGACCGAAGAAGCGCUACAAGAAAAUUCUUUGUUGCUCCUAAGCCGGUGUGUAGGAUUUUUUUCAGAAGGAGUUAUCCAUGAUUUACUUAACCAAAAAAUCUUUGAACUACUCAUUCCAUUGCUAGGAAUAAAAGAAUUGAGAGAGCCUGCGAUGAGGACUUGUGGAAUGAUCUAUAAAUGCAGGGAAAAAGCACAGAGAAUAUUUUUUAAAUUGAAAGGGGAAGAAGAAUUGGUCAAAAUUUUGGCGAUUGCAAAUACAGAAGAAAAAGUUAUGGAAACAUUGAUUAAUAUUUUGUAUUUGAUAUUGGUAAAAUAUAAGCAGGACUCACAGAAUAAGCAAAGCCAGUUUUGUAUAAAUAAAAUAAUUGAAGCAGGAUUCCUGGCUGCAAUUGAUAGGAUUGAUGAGAAUUUUGUAAAAAUUAUAUAGAAAAAAUCAAGAAAUUAUGACGAACUCUUAUCAGCGAUUUUGCAAGUAAGAUAUACUUAG